AUGGCGGAUCCCAUGCUCGGGGCCCCGUUCCUUGAGCCUGCUUCCAUCAAGUACAACUUCGCUGCGCUCCACUUGUGUGCCCUCUCCAUGUAUUGCCCCCGUACGACGUCAUCCGCCCGGUCGUUUACAAGCUCGAGAUGCCUGCGCACCAAGCCCGCCCCUAACGUUGAAUAUGGUGUCCAGCUCCGGCCGCAGCCUUUUACGAUGGCCGAAAUCAAUGCAGUUUUUGGGAGCCAUGUGAGAAUAACCCCUCAAUUAGGAAACCGGAUUCUCGGUGUUCUCCAGGGUAGGCGUCUUGAUGGCACCCUUGAUCUUGACCUCCCUUCCGAUAUAACUCGCUCCGUCCGUCCUUCUAGUCUCGAUGUGGCUUUGCAAUGGCUACGCAAUAAUUACCCACUCGAUGAAGAUGCUGCUAUUCUCGCACGAAUCGAACGAGAAGAGCUGCAGGAGGAGGAAAAGCUCGUCCGACGCGCAGAAGAGCUGGGCCUCUACAAACCUCAGAGUGGCUCCUAUGGUGCUGAACUAGGCGAUUCGAAUGACCCGUAUGGUAGAAGUGUUCUGAAAGAAACGAGGAAGCGAAAUGAAGCUCGUCUCUUGGCUGAACAAGAAAAGAAACGCCAAGAAUGGCUCGACGGUGAACAAAAGGAGCGGGAAAAGUUAGAGCAUAUGAGGCAGAAGAAUACUGCACUCCAGAGGUUCGAAGAUACAGCAUCUUUGGAAGUGCGGGAACGUGCGGAUCCCAAUCAACGUCCACUCCUUGCAUGGAUACAGAAACACCAUCUACGAGCCACUGACUGGGACUUGGAUGUGUCUAAGCUGAAGAAUGGUGAUCGUAUUCUCCGGAUCCUUAGCAUCACACUCGUAACUUUUGGCCUUUGCUACGUUUUUUCAAACAAUUACCAAGCUCCCGCCAAGGCUGAUCGGUUAUGGCCUGAUGUUCCCCCAGCAGCAGCUACGGUAAUGGCUAUAAUAGGAACGAAUAUCGGUGUUUUCCUUCUAUGGAAGCUUUGCCCCCCGGCUUGGAGGCUUCUUAACCGUCAUUUCAUUACUGUCGCUGCCUAUCCUCGUCCGCUCAGUUUGAUUGGGAACGUCUUUAGCCAUCAGACGGCAAAUCACCUUGCACUCAACAUGGUGGUCUUAUGGUUCGUUGGGACAAGGCUUCAUGAUGAGAUUGGCCGUGGAAACUUUUUAGCUCUGUAUUUGGCUUCUGGCGUUUUCGGAUCCUUCACAUCUUUGACCGUCAAUAUCAUGAAAGGGAAUUUGGGUCUUACUGCCCUUGGAGCUAGCGGAGCUAUCUCAGCUCUGGUUGCUGCUUGGUGCAUGCUUCAUGCCGAUGAGAAUUUCACUUUUUUCUUCCUUCCAUCUGAAUGGCAUGACGUUGCCUCAGCCAAAGGAUGGAUGGUCCUGACUGGCCUUGUUGCCCUGGAAUUCGUCAACAUGUUUACCCGCCGGGCAUUGAUUGAUUACUGGGCUCACCUUGGUGGAUUCCUAGCGGGAACACUAUGGUCAACUGCAUACAAGAUGCGAAAGGACAGCAAACAACUAAUAAAUAAGACAUGGUUUGAGCGCACCUUUCGGGAUUGA